GCAGCACUUGAACACACAGUGAGAUUUGAACCCAGCAGGGGGCAGCAGUGAGCGCCUUGUUUACGUCAUUUCUAACAUGGCGGCGUCCUGUGGCCGCAACCUGUGCAGAGGAUGGCGAGGAAAAACGGGUUUUAUUCUACGAAGCCCGCCUCCGGUUUGCUUACCGAAGGCCACCUUUCACACUUCCCCAGUCGGUAGAAACGGGUUUCUGUCCUCGCUGCACAGACGAGGCCUCCUGAAGGAGUCUUUCCCUGAAAACGCGGCGCAGGUGAACCUGCCUCAGCUGCUCCAUUCGGCCCAGCAGACCGUGUACUGCGGCUUCGACCCGACCGCCGACAGCCUGCACGCCGGACACCUGCUGCCGCUCAUCGGCCUGCUGCACUUCCGCAACGCCGGGCACCACGUGAUCGCGCUGAUCGGCGGAGCCACGGCGCGGAUCGGCGACCCGAGCGGCAAAUCCAAGGAGAGAGAGUGCCUGUCGGCUGCCGUGGUAGACAGUAAUGCCAGAUCCGUGCUGGAAAGCUUGCACCAGAUCUUCACCAACCACGAGCUGUAUUUCUGUAGCGAUCCGCAGAGACUGGGCUCCGUGCGCGUGCUGAACAACGCCAGCUGGUACCGGGACCGGAACGUGGUGGAGUUCGUGGCCGAGGCGGGACGCUAUUUCCGCAUGGGCACUCUGCUCAGCAGACACAGCGUGCAGUCCCGCUUAAAGAGUGCCGAGGGCAUGAGUCUAAGCGAGUUCUCCUACCAGCUCUUCCAGGCCUUUGACUUCUAUUACCUACAUCAGGUGCAUGGCUGCAGAAUACAGCUGGGGGGCUCAGAUCAGCUGGGGAACCUGAUGUCCGGCCAUGAGUUCAUUCACAAAAAGACAGGAGAGGAAGUGUAUGGACUGACAGUGCCACUGUUGACCACUUCAAUGGGUGAUAAGCUGGGCAAGACUGCAGGAAAUGCUGUAUGGCUGAACCGGAAUAAAACAUCUCCCUUCGAGUUCUACCAGUAUUUCCUCAGACUGCCAGACAACAAUAUAGAACAGUACCUGAAGCUGUUCUCCUUUCUGCCACUGGCUGAGGUUGAGAAGGUGAUGGAGCAGCAGCGGCAGGAUCCAGGCAAGAGAAUAGCACACAAACGGCUUGCUGCUGAGGUAACCAAGCUGGUUCAUGGCAAGGAGGGGCUAGAAAGUGCCAAACGAUGCACCAAUGCUCUGUACCACAGCAGCAUUGAGGCUCUGCAGCAGAUGGAUGAUGCUGAACUGAAGGAGUUGUUCAGAGAAGCUUCAUUUCAGGAGUUCUUUCUAGAGCCAGGUACCACAGUACUGGAUGCCUGCCGUCGGAGCCAGGCCAUUCCUGAAGGACCCAGAGGGUAUCAGAUGAUAACUGAUGGUGGUGUGUGGAUUAACCAUCACAGGGCCUCAAACCCUGAGCAGGUACUGGUCCCAGAUCAGCACAUCCUCUCAAACGGACUCAGUCUGAUCCGAGUGGGCAAAAAGAACUUCUGCAUCAUCAAGUGGCUGAGCAUGUGAUUCACAUCAUAAAUAUGGAUAAAUUAGGAGUGUGCACAAGUGAAGUACUGGACAUGUACUCCUAGCACGAGCCACACACAGAGUGGAACCACAGGGCUACAGAUCAGUGGAUUUUGUAAGGCAGGAGGAAGAGACCAGCUACAAGGAGAUGUGUUGCAGAAAUAUAGAUGAACUGCGAAAACAUCCUAUUAAACACUGCAUCAUGUGUGUACGCACACAUGCAUGACUGUGUUUGUGAGUUUUGUUUCAGAAAUUUUAUACCAAACAGGUAAAGCACCAGGAAAAUGGUCAAGCUUUUGGGUGAUGGUUUUAAAGUGCAGUUCUACAUUCUACCACAAGAUGUCAGUCAAGUGUUUUUUUUUCUUGAUGCUUGAACAUUUUGAACUUCCUUUCCUCCAAGUUUCAUAAAUUAGAGAAAUCCCUGUCCUGCAUAUUUUGGUGUUUGCCCUCCUGUCCCUCACCUAGUGCAGGCUCAUUAGUUGAAUCAGGUGAGCUGGGACCAGGGGGAAAAAUAAAACGAUAUAUGAAGGGUAUUCCAGGACCAGGAUUGAGAAAUACUACAUGAGGUAUAUGAAGUGUAGUACAACUUUGUAAGUUGUGUUGGUGCAAUUUAACUCAUUUACAUAUUUUUCUUCCUCUUUAAGUGAUUUGAAUUGCAAGUUAUUGUUACACUUAAUAUACCAUAAAUGCAAGAUAUCUCAGACAUUCCCACUUCUGAAAUAAAUGUUAUACCGGAAUGAGGAAAAACAUUUUCUCUUCAAAUUGUGCACAUGUUAUCAGGAACUUUAUUUCAAAUACCCAGGGUGAGUGGAUAUGGAUUCACGUCAUUCAUUUAUUUUGAAAGACAGCAUUAUUGGAAUUGCCAUUUGCCAAUCAUAUAAAAUUGUGAAAAUUAGGGAAAUAAUUUCCUAGCAGGAACUGCCUCAGGAGGUUAUGCAACUGAAGGACAGUCAUAAGAAGAAGAAGCCAGAUAUAGUCAAAUCGUAACCAGAAUUAAGGGGGAAAGUGCUGUGUGGUUUUGUUGCAUUGUUUCCCUCUGACCUGUGCUUGUGUGAUUUAAUCAGAGUAGGUUCGUUCCUAGAAGUGCUGACUUCUCACCUCUAGAAACAAGCACGACUGCUUGAACCGUGGACUCUCUGGACCACUGACAUCUCCGAUCGUGUCAUGUUUUACCUCCAUGUAGUAAUGAGUCAUUCAGUACAACAAAAACAACAAAAAAACCCUUAUAAAAUACAUACA